AUGGAGGUGUUGUCUAGUUUGCAUCCUGAGUGUGAGUAUAUCAUUCAGUUGGCAAGAGAUGAACAGCAGUGUCUCAGAGAGAUCACAGAUCUUGGGAACCUCAGCAGCUCCUCAGAUUGUCUGCCAGUAUGGGAUUCAGUAGUAUGUUGGCCCAGGGCUGCAGUGGGUGAGACGAUCCACUUGCCCUGUCCUGCUGUUUUCUCUGUCAUCAAGAACAACACGGGGAUAGUGAGUCGUAACUGCACGGCUGGCGGCUGGUCACAUCCGUUCCCUGCUUACCAUGAGGCCUGCAGUGUUGAGGACGAGAUCCCAGAGGAGUCGUAUUUUGCCACUGUGAAACUGAUCUACACUGUUGGUUAUGGAGCAUCACUGCUGUCGCUCUCUGUUGCCGUGGCAAUACUGCUGCUCUUCAGGCGAUUACACUGUGCUCGAAACUACAUCCACAUGCAGCUGUUUUUCACCUUCAUCCUGAAAUCGGUGGCUGUGUUUAUCAAAGAUGCCACGCUGUUCUCCAGUGACGACACAGAUCACUGCACACUCUCUACAGCGGCCUGUAAGGCGUCGGUGGUAUUUUGUCAUUAUUGCAUAAUGACUAAUUUCUUCUGGUUGCUGGUUGAAGCCGUGUAUCUGAACUUUCUGCUGGUCUCGGCCUUCCCGCGCAGCCGCCGCUGUCUCUGGAGUUUCGCUCUGCUGGGCUGGGCCUCUAAAGCAUUUCUACUGUGUUGGGACAUAAAUGAAGAUUCUCCUUAUUGGUGGAUCAUCAAGGGUCCUAUUGUAGUGUCUAUAGGGGUGAACUUCUUUCUGUUCAUGAACAUUAUCAGGAUUCUGGUGCAGAAACUGAACCCUCGCUUGAUCCAGUUCAACAAUUCGGCUCAGUACAGGCGACUGACCAAGUCCACCCUCCUCCUCAUCCCUCUCUUCGGCACUCAUUACAUGGUCUUCAGCUUUCUCCCAGACUACUUCAACGUGAGCCUGCGGCUUUGCAUCGAGCUGUGUCUGGGCUCCUUCCAGGGUCUUAUUGUGGCGGUUCUCUACUGUUUCCUGAACCAGGAGGUUCAGAAUGAAAUACGCUUACGAUGGAUGCGAAAUCAAGAGGGGAGUUACGUUGUCGUCCCUGUUGGAGCCAAAGGAAGUCAGAUGGACACUCCAUUCUAG